GUAAAGUCCCUACCCCAAAUACGAUGGGCUAGCAGCACGCCAAGAUGAACGAGAGCCGGGAGCGGAUCCGCCGCGAGAGAGAGCGGGAGAAGAACACCUACACGUCGCCCCGUCUCGCUCUGCGGCGCGUGCUUCUUCUAGCAGAAGGCAGACAGUUUAGGGAAGCGGCCGCCAUCUUGGCGAGGCUUGGACCUGGAGUGCUGCAGACGGUGGCUACGGAGUUACCAGCCGAUUUGCUGGUCGAAGCGUUGCCGCAUUCUGCUCAUCUUCUCGAGACGCUGUUGAAUAGACUGAUAUCCCUGGAGAUCGCCCCUCGACCUGAGGUCCAAUGCGAAGCAGUAGCAUGGCGACUGGUGGGGCUACUCGGCAGCGACCAGGGCUCCGGGCUACGGGCCAGGACGGCCAGGCUGGCGGGGGCGCUGGUCAACUACAUGCCUGAGGCGAGGGAUGCCGUGGACUCGAGGAGGAGGCAGCUCGAUGCUGCUGUUCAGGGGCUGGGCACCCACGGGCUGACGGCUGACGCGACGGGCGCACUCAUCUCGCUGCACGUGGCCAUGAAGAACGAGCUGCAGAGGCACGUCGAGGUCUACAAGCAGGCGCUGCACAAGCUGGAUGAGCUGUCACCAGUGACAGUGAACCAGGAUCCAGCAUCAUCAUCACAUCAACGCCUGCUAGCUCUCUCCCACGCCGACGUGGAGCGGCGCCUCAUCGACAACAAGUCUUUGCUCACCAUCGUCGACAAGCCAGCAUUGAGGCAGCUACCGACGCUGGUGACGGCGCUGGCCCAGCGAGUGGAGAGCGAUAAGGCGGUGCUGGCGUGCGUAGGGCAGAUCAAGAGAAGCGAUCCGGCUUUGGACCUUAAUGACACGCGGCCAGUAGCAGGAGUCCUGAUGAGCUACUCCCGCGGCUGCGCAGCGGUACUGACGCAAAUGUCAGAGGGGGAGGCGGGGGGCGCGGGCGCGGCCACCCCCCGCUCGCCCACCGACUCGGCCAGUGAUGGCUACCAUUCAGACAGCGAUGACUCGCCGCAACUGCCUGACAGGAGUAAGCUGGUGUCGCAGUACGCAGCAGUGUGGGCCCGCGCGGCAGACGAAGCGUUGCCGGCACUGGCCGCGCUGGAGCCGUUACGUCACACGCCGCACCUCAAGUACAAGAUCGUCUUCUCCGUUGUCGUUCUGUCGUUCCGCGCCGCGAUCAGUCUGCGCGACCGGCGACUGGGCGAGGUGAAGGCGCUCCUUGGCGCGACCGACUGCGACGCUGCCGCUGCCAGUGUCACGAGGCUUGCAGCCGCCGCCACCCGGGUGCUGGUCGAGACAGCGCACAGCUUCCCGCUGGGGGAAGCAGAGAGGACUGUCGUGAACCAGGUGCUGAGCACGCUACGUGAAUACCCAUGCCUGGGCGGCUGCGCAGCGCUUCACGCGCUGGUGGCAGCGGCGUGCCGCGCGGCCUGGGCCAUCAGCCUGCACUCGCCGCCGCUGCGGAUCGACACUGACUUUACACCCGUGGUGAUGAACCCCGAGAAGCACGUUCGGUUCUCGAACGAGGCUCGCGAGCGGCGCUCGGACCUCAUCAAGUCGUUCGUGUGGCCCGCCCUCAUGGACGGCAACCGCUGCGUCUUUAGGGCGGUCGUGCUGACGUAAAGUAUAUGCGUGCUGACGUAAACUGUAUGCGUGCUGACGUAAAGUAUAUGCAUGUUGACGUAAAGUAUAUGUGUGCUGACGUAAAUUACAUGCGCGCUGACGUAAAUUGCAUGAAAUAUCCCGACCAGAGUUAUGAAUACUCGUAAAGAAUGAAUAUCGUGGGAUAUUGGAUUUAAAACAAAACUAAAAAAUUAAAACCCAAAAAAGGUGUGGCAAAUAAAAUUGUCGAUAUCAUAUUUUGCAUGAGCUACUAAUAAAAGCAUUAAAGAUGACGUCACAUUAAAAAAUACGAAUUCAAAACAUUCCGGCUUCGCAUUUUUGAGUACCUAAUAAUAAAAUGCUCCGAUCAAGCUAUCAUUGUUUUUAUCUACAUGGCUACCGAUUGCCAAUAUUAAUAAUUAGUAUGUCUUCAAUGGAUCUAAAAUCUCGAAAAAAAUGUCUUUUAUAUGCAUUUAGUAAAUAGGGCCGUCGCCGUCAAAACACCCUAAAAGACGCUGUAGUAUCUAAAGAGGUAUUGCUUAAAGUAAACCUUAUUAUUUAUAAAAAAAUAUUAUUGAUGACUUACCAAUGGGAGUCGUGCAGAC